CUCGGAUCGUCACCCUCCUGUCAAUCUCUUCCAAAUUGUGAAGGCGGAGGUUGUCAAACAUCAUGAAGGUCGCUGGAAUAAUCUCCAGUCUCGCGCUGGCCCUCUCUGGUGCCAUCGCUGCCCCGGGUGCUAUCGACCCCGACGAGUUCUCGCUGGCUCUGGCCGCCCGAGCUCUACCAAAUGCACCAGAUGAAUAUACCCCGACCAGCGUGAGCUGCCCAGCCAGUCGCCCAACAGUUCGCAGUGCUGCCAAGCUGUCUCCCAAUGAGACGUCAUGGCUGGACACUCGUCGCAGUAAGACUUUGUCGGCUAUGAAGGAUUUCUUCGGCCAUGUCAAGGUCGGCGAUUUUGAUGUGACCUCAUAUCUGAAUCAGCACGCGAGCAAUUCCUCCAAUCUGCCUAAUAUCGGCAUUGCCGUGUCGGGUGGUGGUUACCGCGCGUUGAUGAACGGUGCUGGUGCCCUCAAGGCCUUUGAUAGCCGCACAAAUAAUGCAACUACUAGUGGUCACCUGGGCGGCUUGCUUCAGUCGGCUACUUAUCUCUCCGGUCUGAGUGGUGGUAGCUGGCUGCUGGGAUCAAUCUAUAUCAACAACUUCACCACCAUCUCGUCGCUGCAGACACAUACGGAUGGUGCGGUAUGGCAAUUUGGCAACUCCAUCCUCGAGGGCCCGGAUACCGGCGGUGUUCAAAUUCUGGACUCGGCCAGCUACUACAAGGACCUGGCUACCGCUGUCGAGGGAAAGAAGACUGCUGGCUUUGACACCUCUAUCACCGAUAUCUGGGGUCGAGCUCUUUCCUAUCAAAUGUUCAAUGCGAGCAAUGGAGGUAUUGACUAUACCUGGUCAUCUAUUGCCGAGACGCAGGACUUCAUUGAUGGCAACUACCCCCUGCCUCUCGUUGUUGCAGACGGUCGCAACCCCGGCGAAAAGGUCGUUGGCAGCAACUCAACUGUGUAUGAGUUCAAUCCCUGGGAGUUUGGUACCUGGGACCCGACCAUCUUCGGCUUCGUUCCUCUGAAGCACCUCGGUUCCAGGUUCGUGGGCGGCUCCCUCCCCAGCAACGAGAGCUGCAUCGGUGGUUUCGACAGUGCCGGCUUCGUGAUUGGAACUUCAUCCACUUUGUUCAACCAGUUCCUCCUCCAACUCAACACCACCUCACUGCCCACCUUCGUGAAGAACAUCUUCGUCGAUAUCCUCGAUAAGCUGGACAAGGCCGACGACGACAUUGCGGCUUAUGACCCGAACCCCUUCUACCACUACAACAACCAUUCCUCCCCGUAUGCCUCGCAAACCGCUCUUGACGUCGUUGAUGGUGGUGAAGACUUGCAAAACGUCCCUCUGCACCCUCUCAUCCAACCCGAGCGCCACGUCGACGUGAUCUUCGCUGUUGAUUCCUCCGCCGACACAACCUACAGCUGGCCCAACGGCACAGCCCUAGUCGCCACCUACGAGCGCAGCCUCAACAGCACCGGCAUUGGCAACGGCACCGCCUUCCCCGCCAUCCCAGACCAAAACACCUUCGUCAACCUCGGCUUAAACACACGACCAACCUUCUUUGGCUGCAACAGCUCCAACCUCACCGGCCCGGCACCGCUGGUCGUCUACGUUCCUAACUACCCUUACUCAACCCACUCCAACGUCUCCACCUUCACCCUUUCUUACAACGACACCCAGCGUGACGAUAUCAUCCUCAACGGGUACGAGGUCGCCACCAUGGCUAAUAGCACUCGCGACGGGAACUGGACUGCCUGCGUGGGCUGUGCUAUUCUCGCCCGCUCCUUCGAGCGCACGGGCACUACACUCCCCAGUAUCUGUACCCAGUGUUUCUCGAAUUACUGCUGGGAUGGAACUGUCAACUCGACUAAGCCUCAUGAAUUUGAGCCUACAGCCUUGUUGGGGGUUAAGUCGAGUGGAGCGGGUGUUUUGAUGCCAACUGUGUUGUCCGCUGUUGUGGCUACUGGUGUGGCGUUGUUUGCCUUUGUGUAGAGUAGAUAGGGUGCAUAUUGACGUGCUUUUUUUUUGUUUUUUGGGUUGGGGUUCCUGGCGCUUUCAUGCGGGCUUUCAUGAUGUUACUGACAGCCAUUAUGACCAUUCUCUUUUUUUUGGAUUCUAGACACGGGUCGUAUUUUACUCGGAUUCGUUCAAAAUUCACAGAUUCCGUUCGGAUAUUUUAGAAUCGGAUUAAUGGAGAUGUCUAGAAAAAUGCAAAAUAUGUCAAUUAUUUGAGAUGAUUUGGGAUUUCUGUCUCAGAUGACCUUCAGAGGAAUGACUGCAUUUGCACCGAGUACCUUGGUAGAUGGUGCGUCAACUGUGGAUAUAACAAACUCGUCUCUGGAUCUUGUGUCAAGUUUACAUCCAAGCAAGCCUAUAUGGAUCGAAGUGAGACGAAUGUGUUGGUUGGAGAUGAAUACCUA